AUGGCGUCCCCUAUCAGCCCGAGUAGCGGUCCGUCCCCACAACAAAUUGCCCAGUUGCAACAACAAGUUGCCGUUGAAGCCCAAAAACGGGGCAUCACCCCUCAAGAAUUCCAAGCUCAGCAACGAAAGCAGCUCGAGGCGGACGCGCGAAAAGCAGGACUACCCUUAGACCAAUACAUCAAUAAAAUCAAACAGCAAGCGUGGGAACAGCACCAAAAGCAACAACAAAUGACGACCCAACGACAGCAGAACGGUCAACUCGCACACACAGAGCCGUCCGGACAGACCGGGCAAGGUCAACAGGUUCCCAUCCAGCCAGGAGCACCCGAACCGAAAGCUCUGGCUGUAGCAAAAUGGCUCAGAGGCCAAGAUUUGAAGACUCGAACAUGUAUACUCAACGGCCAACGGAAAGAUAUGUUCAAAGUUAAGCGUGCUCUUCGAGCAUUACUAUCGCCAGGAUAUACCGCCGCACAGAAGAAGAACACUGUCCUCCCUAGACCACCAUCUAACCAGCAGGAAGCAGCUGAGCUCUUCAAGCUUCUGCCUCUUUCCCUCCUCGCUCUCCGAGUAUCGAAAAUAGACCCACAUGCAGGUCACGAUCACGGCAAUACGCCGAAGCGCGUCAAAGGCCUAUGGACGGUAAAGAUUGAGCAACAGCAAGACAUUUCGGAAACACUUCAUUACGUCUGGCUCUACGAUGGGCCGCAAUGGCGCAUGAAAUUAUACGCUGCCGGUGCUCUGUUAGCGAUCAUGACAAUUGUGAUGUUUCCGUUGUGGCCGAUCCAAUUAAGACUGGGCGUCUGGUAUCUGAGUAUGGGCUUCCUAGGCCUCGUAGGGUUGUUCUUCGUCAUGGCUAUCUUCCGUUUGAUUUUGUUCUGUGUGACAGUCGUGACGAUGCCAAAAGGACUGUGGUUGUAUCCGAAUUUGUUUGAAGACGUGGGCUUUUUUGAUAGUUUUCGGCCCAUUUGGGCGUGGCAGGAGGAAAAGGGCAAGAAGGGAAGCAAAAAGUCCAAAAAGCCCGAACCAGAUAGUCAAAAGGAAAAAGCAAAAGGAAAGAAAACAAAGUCUACUGAACACAAUGCGGACGAUGCAACGAGGCCGGCUCUGAGUACUGAAGAAAGUACUAAGGGUAGACAUUCUGCACCGACAGUCGAAGAGGUCAUUGAUUGA